UUACCUUUUUUUAUUCCUCCCGUCCUGAAGCAUCUUCACAGGAAGAGUGGCCGUACCGUAAAGGUUCGAAAAGCAUCUCAGCAGGAAGAGUUCGUUAUCUCUCUCUCUGGAGUCGAAUAUCCGCAGGACGCAGCCUGAUACACGGAGCUCCCUCCCAAAAUCUAAAACAAAUUCCUCGUCCCGGCGCGUGCUUCACACUCGCAAAUCCACUCUUCGGCUUAUGUUUUCCCAAUCUCGCAACUCUGCGAGCUCUUAAUCCCCUCCCCGGUCCCCCCCAUUCACCAGUAUCCUUCAAUCCGCAAACAUACGGAAUACACAGAAGAAACUCGUCGCUUCAUUGAAGUGCGUAUCGAAAUUUGGAUUUAGGGCUUCUGUUUCGCUGCCACAGAGAAUGCAUUAUGAAUUCUUGGAGGUCAGGGUUGCAAAAGAGUAGGAGAAAGUCUUGGUCUUUCUGGGAUUGCCUAAUUGGUUACAGUGUAACCACAUUUAAAAGGGAACAUGGCUCUUAGGAAAUACAUUCUGCCUGGUGCUGCACAGAAGGAUAUGAAACCAUUGAGAUUUUCCUCUAAAGGACAUGAUAAUUGUGAACUUGCGGACCCAGAGACAAGUCAUACGAUGGAGCAUGAAGUGGAUGUUGACCUCAGAGAAGUUUAUUUUCUUAUUAUGCAUUUUCUCUCAGCUGGGCCAUGUCAUAGAACUUAUGGACAGUUUUGGAAUGAACUGCUUGAACAUCAACUUUUACCCAGAAGAUAUCAUGCUUGGUAUGCAAGGAACGGGAAUGGGACACAUAGUGGGGUUGAAAAUGAUGAUGGCGUGUCAGUUCCAUUAAGUUACACUAUGUUGGUCGAGAGGUAUCCUCACGUUGAAAAGGAUCACUUGGUAAAGCUUUUGAAGCAGCUAUUACUAAGUGCAGCUCCUCCACUGCGUGAUAUCAGUGUUAGAAAUGCUCCAAGUGCAGCUGACGUACCUACUCUUCUUGGGAUGGGUUCAUUUUCACUUUUAAGCUAUGCUAGGGACAAAGGAAAUAAUCAUGUCAAUCGACCCCCUGGUUACAUGCGUUGGCCUCAUAUGAAAGCUGAUCAGGUUCGUGGUCUAGGCUUGAGGGAAAUAGGAGGUGGUUUUACAAGACAUUGUCGUGCACCAUCUAUUCGUGCAGCAAGUUAUGCCAUUGCAAAACCAUCUACCAUGGUACAGAAAAUGCAAAAUAUCAAGAGGCUAAGGGGGCACAGGAAUUCUGUAUAUUGUGCAAUAUUUGAUCGCUCUGGGAGAUAUGUUGUUACUGGCUCAGACGAUCGCCUUGUAAAAAUCUGGUCAAUGGAAACAGCAUAUUGUUUGGCCAGCUGUCGUGGACAUGAAGGUGACAUAACUGACUUGGCCGUGAGUUCCAACAAUGCUUUGGUGGCAUCCUCUUCAAAUGACUGUACCAUUCGAGUUUGGUGUUUGCCAGAUGGGUUUCCCAUUUCGGUUCUGAAGGGACAUACUGGAGCUGUCACUGCUAUUGCAUUCAGCCCCAAGCCUAAUUCUGUUUACCACCUUCUAUCGUCAUCUGAUGAUGGAACAUGUAGGAUAUGGGAUGCUAGGAAUUCCCAGUUGAGUCCAAGUAUAUAUAUUCCAAGGCCUUCGGAUUCUCUACCAGGGAAAAACAAUGCUCCAUCCUCAAGUAUUGUUCCACAGAGCCAUCAAAUUUUUUGUUGUGCAUUUAAUGCUAAUGGAACCGUCUUUGUUACUGGCAGCUCUGACACACUUGCAAGGGUAUGGAAUGCUUGUAAACCAAAUGCGGAUGACUCAGACCAACCAAAUCAUGAAAUUGAUGUGUUAUCUGGCCACGAGAAUGAUGUCAAUUAUGUGCAAUUUAGUGGAUGUGCUGCAGCAUCUAGAUUUACUACGUCUGACACCUUGAGAGAAGAUAAUGUUCCAAAAUUUAGGAACUUCUGGUUCACUCAUGACAACAUAGUUACCUGUUCUCGUGAUGGCAGUGCUAUUAUUUGGAUUCCAAGGUCACGUAGAUCACAUGGGAAAGCUGGCCGUUGGACAAGAGCUUAUCAUCUCAAAGUUCCACCUCCGCCAAUGCCUCCUCAACCUCCACGAGGGGGUCCUCGUCAGAGGAUGCUUCCAACCCCCCGGGGCGUUAAUAUGAUUGUUUGGAGCCUAGACAAGCGCUUUGUCCUUGCUGCUAUCAUGGAUUGCAGAAUUUGUGUUUGGAAUGCUGCUGAUGGUAGCUUAGUGCAUUCUUUGACAGGUCAUACUGAAUCUACAUAUGUUCUGGAUGUUCAUCCCUUCAAUCCACGAAUAGCCAUGAGCGCUGGUUAUGAUGGAAAAACCAUAGUGUGGGAUAUAUGGGAAGGCACACCUAUUCGAAUAUAUGACACUUCACGUUUCAAGUUGGUAGAUGGCAAGUUUUCACCGGAUGGGACGUCAAUUAUACUCUCGGAUGAUGUUGGUCAACUGUAUAUACUAAACACAGGGCAAGGAGAGUCCCUAAUAGACGCCAAAUAUGAUCAGUUCUUCCUUGGUGAUUAUCGCCCCCUUAUUUAUGAUACUCAUGGAAAUGCCGUUGACCAGGAAACUCAGCUUCCGCCGUACCGGAGGAACAUGGAAGAUCUCCUUUGUGGCUCAGACAUGAUACCGUACCCAGAACCCUAUCAGACUGCAUACCAGCGAAGACGAUUAGGAGCUCUGGGCAAAGAAUGGCAUCCUUCUUUGAGACUUGCUGUGGGGCCUGAUUUCACCAUAGAUCCAGACUACCAAAUGCUGCCUUUGGCAGACUUGGAUGUAUUGCCUGAACCACUGCCACAUUUUGUGGAUGCCAUGGAUUGGGAACCAGAAAUUGAAGUACAAAGUGAUGAUACUGAUUCAGAGUACAAUGUUCCUGGUGAUUAUUCUACUGGAGGAGAGCAAGGAAGCUUUGGUUCAAUUUCCUCUGGCGAUCCAGAGUGCAGUGCAGAAGACAGUGAGGCUGACACUCAAAUGGACAGCCUUCGUAGAUCAAAGAGGAAAAAACAUAAGGCAGAAGUUGACAUAAUGACUUCUUCUGGGAGGAGGGUUAAAAGGAGGAAUCUGGAUGAGGGUGAUGGCCAUCCAAUCAGAUGCAACCAAACUAGGAAAUCAAGAAAUGGCCGGAAAGCUUCAAAGAGAAAAUCUUCCACAUCGAAGUCUUUUAGGCCUCAAAGAGCUGCUGCACGAAAUGCACUUAAUUUAUUUUCGAAAAUCACAGGUACGUCUACAGAUGGUGAAGGUGAAGAUGGCUCAGAAACUUUUUCAGAAAGUGAAUCCACAUUGCAAGAUUCAAUCGUUGAGAGUGAUGAAUCUGAUAGGGCUUUGCAAAAUGAGGAAACAAAGCAUUCAAAAGGUAAAGAAGUGUCACUGGAUGAGUCUAAGGAUGUUGAACAUUCUGAACUACCUGAAUCUUGUAUUGAAAGUGGAAACCGGAAGAGAUUGGUUCUCAAAUUGCCAAUUCGGGAUUCAAAUAAGCUUCUUCUUUCAGGGAGAACAUUGCAUAAAAGUAACUACCAGUCUGAUUUGGUGGGUUCAUCAUCUAAAGCUCCACAGGAGACCAUUGAAGAAAGCAGCAAUCAUAAAAGCUCUCGGGAUCCAGGAUUCUGUUCUGGUGAUGUUAACGGCAGCAUGAUUGAAAGAAAAGAGAGAAAGAGAUUAGAUAAGGUUGAAGAUCUUUUAAAUCUGUCUGAAAGUUACAAUAAUGGGCAAAUUAAAUGGGGAGGGGCCAAGGCUCGCACAUCUAGGCGUCUUAGAUUUGGGGAAGGGAUGUCAUCAGGUGCUAAUGCCAGAUCUCAUGCAAGUCUGGUUGGUCAUGACAAAAAAGAGAAUAAUGUUGAAGGACACGUAAAGUCUCAAAAGGACUGUGAUGCAAUAUCCCCUUGUUUAGAAAUUGUAAAUUAUGGGGAUAAUAUGGACGGGUUGCCACUAACAGAGGGAACAAAUAUUGUUGCUACUACCGCUGAGGGUUUUAAUGGUGAGUCACCAAAGUCUGUUCACAUGGUUGCUCAGGAUAGCACCACAUCAUUGCAGUACAAGGAUGGGAAUGAUCAGCAUCAUGAACAAAAUGAGAGAAGGAGGAUAAGGUCAAGAAGAAUUUCAACAGAUCCUGAAAGUCCUAAGCAGGAAAGGACAUUUUCAGUAGAAAAUCAGGACAAUAGUUGGCAUGCAAGCCCUUCAGACAAAGAACAAGAUCCAGUUGUGCCUGCGGAUGAUGAAAUCAUCAGAAUUAAUACAGAUCAUGGAGAUGAAGCACGAGUGGAUCUUGUUCCUGCAGAUGAUGAAACCAUCAGAAUUAAUACAGAUCAUGGAGAUGAAGCACGAGAAUUGGACACUCAAAUGAAUAAUAAUUCUGUAUCAAUUGUACAGGAUUCACAGGUGUUGCAUUCAAAUAGAAACAAAAUGUAUACAGCUGUUUACAAAAGGUCGAAAUCAAGCAGGAGUAGGGCUAAUUUAGAAAUUGAUAGUGGUGGCAUGGGAGAAAGCAAUUCACAUGUAAGCAACCAGAGUCUAACUUUUGGACUGGAUUCUCAAGAAGGCUCUAUUGAUGGGGCUCGUAGGACAAGGUCCAUGGGACCGAAGGCAUCUACACGUGAUUCAGAUAUUGUCAUUGAUAGCCUCAAGUCACAACAAGGACACGAAUCAGGCCAUUUUAGAGGUACCCAUAAUAGUUCCACAGACAGAUGUCAACUCCCUUCUGAAAAAUGGGGAUCAAGUUCUAGGAUGACCGUUGGAUUGAGGUCUACUAGAAACAGGAGGAGCAGUAAUUAUGCCUGUGAGGGGAGUCCAAUAGAUAGAAGGAAGUCUCAUCAGUCAACUAGAAAAGGAUCUUGGUUAUUGUUGUCAAAACAUGAAGAGGGCUCCCGAUAUAUUCCCCAGCAAGGGGAUGAAGUUGUAUAUUUGAGACAGGGCCAUCAGGAGUAUAUUAAUUAUUUUAAUUCAAUAGAAUUGGGCCAUUGGAGAACAAUGAUGGGAAGCCUUGACUUUUCAAAAGAAAUGAUGGGAAACAUAAGAGCUGUGGAGUUUUGUAGAGUUGAAAGCCUUGAGUAUUCCUCACUUGCAGGGUCUGGGGAUAGCUGCUGUAAAAUGACUCUCCAAUUUGUAGAUUCAACUUCCAGUCUGUUCAAUAUAUCUUUCAAAUUGACUCUACCAGAAGUGACUGGCUUCCCAGAUUUCCUUGUUGAAAGAACUCGGUUUGAUGCUGCCAUGCAGAAAAGAUGGUCAUUUAGGGAUAAAUGCAGAGUUUGGUGGAAAAAUGAAGGCGAAGAAGAUGGUAGUUUGUGGGAUGGUCGGAUUGUGUCUGUGAAGGCCAAAUCGGAAGAAUUUCCCGACAGUCCAUGGGAGAGGUACACCAUUCAAUACAAAAGCGAUCCCAGAGAAAGGCAUAAUCAUAGUCCUUGGGAGCUUUAUGAUGCCGAUACUCAAUGGGAGUGGCCUCAUAUUGAUGAUGAGAUCAGAAAUAAGCUGCUGUCUGCUUUUGCUAAGUUAGAGCAGUCGGGAAACAAACCCGAGGAUCGUUACGGGGUUCAAAAGUUGAAAAAUGUUGCAGAUAAAUCAUAUUUUACUAACAGGUUUCCUGUUCCAUUGUCACUUGAAGUGAUCCAGGCAAGAUUAGAGAACAAUUACUACCGACGUUUAGAGGCAUUGAAGCAUGACAUGUCCGUCAUGUUGUCAAAUGCCAAAAUAUACUUUGGGAAAAAUGCAGAAAUGUCAGACAAAAUAGAACGCCUAUCAGAUUGGUUCACGCGGACAUUAUCAUCUUUAUAGUUCCUAAAGUUCUGUAAAAAUUAGGUUCAAGUUUCUCCCAUGUUUUUGUAGAUAUUGCAUUGAUUCUUAUGUAUUUAGAGGUUUAUUUUUACAGCACGUUUAGUUCCAAUUUGGGGAAUUGGUUAGUCUUUUGGGAAUUCUUUUUAGAGGAGAUGAAUGUCUUCUGGAAUUAGCCAGUUGCCGUUUAAAUUAUUUACCUGAAAAUUCAUUCAUGUAUAGACACGGAUGCUUGAUAUGAUCAUCAAUAACAAUGAAGGCAAAGAGAGACAUCACAUUUUUUCUGGCUCC